GCUCGAAGGUACGCCUUCAGCAACUACUUCUUCUCAUCAAUUGAAGAUAACACAUGCGCGUAACUGCCGAUCAGCGGCAACGGUCGCGGGAAGCAUUGCGAGAGCGAUCCGCUCAACACUACAAGCACGGAAACCUGCCCCAGACAAACAGAGAAGCCAGCUGCGAGCUCCCUCGUUGAUAGGGAGCAACUCUCCGCGACUUCGUUCCCUUCUGACGUACCUGCUCGUACUCACUCUCUCCGCCUCGCCUGCACCAGCGCAGUCGCGAUGCAUGUGCCUCGACAGAAGCGCACGUCACCUGCGUCCUGGGCAGCAGUCGAGCAUGCUGCCAGCUGGCAGGCCGCAAAUAUGCCCUUCUUACCAGUGACGAGAAAGGCAACACCUUCCUCGGCAAUGGCGAGGUCCGUAACAAUCCCUACGAUGUGGCUGUCGGCAGUGAGAACGGCGGAGUCAGUGUGUAUAGCAAGGACGACAGCUCGCCAGACCGCCGGUUUCCACAUGAUAUGCUGGUCCUCAGCGUUUUGCAAGGCGAUUUUAGCAGAUCGCUUCCGACAUGAAGGGCCUCCGCGACUGGUCCGAAGAUAUGCUCCGAAGUAUGAAACACUUGCUGGAGCAGCUGAACCACAAGGAGAAUGUACGUUCAACUUCGACAGUGGGCUUGUUCGGCAAGUGUGCGCCGGCACCGCGCCCCCCAAAUCUCGGUUAUGUAUCUGGCUACUCAAGAAAUGCUGCAGGAUGGCAGAAGAGCGUCAUCCACCAACAAACUUAGCAAGGCCUUCGCAAGACCUCGCACGCUUCUGCCUCCUCUUCCAUAACCCGCUCCUAAGCCCUGUAUAAGCUGCGAGACGUCCUUGUGGACAUCUUUGAGGUCACUAACUAUGUCGUGGGGGAGUAAUGGCAGGCAAUCUUUACCAUCUCUUCGCUGCUGUUCGCCGCAAGCUCAAGCUUGAGCUAUAGCACAUAGACUAGGCGUUGCCGGCGCGUGAUACUCCUUCUGCGAGAGAACAGGGCAUGCGAGGAGAUCGGGUUGAUGGAGGACAUGGUCGAUCGCCGCCAGCAGAUAAUGGUUGGAAGAGCAAGUCUUUCGUCUUGGACAAGUGGACGAAACAACUAGUUUCGAGCGUGGCCCAACCUACUAUAACCUACAACCGCGGCGGUCUUCUGGCGGCGAGACAGCAACGUAAGAUCCGCAGAGGCUAGGCAUGUGCAAGAUUGAAUCGAACGCGACAGGAACGAAGCCAUACAGUGUCGACCUACUCUUACCGCUGUGCAAGAACCGA